AUGUUUGUGGUCUCCUUUGCUGCCGGUACUGAUAUCUUCAUGUAUGGAUUGAUAGUACCGGUAACGCCCACUGCACUCAGGGAUAGAGUCGGACUAUCAGAAGACAGUAUUCAAUCCUGGACUUCUAUUCUUCUCGCUUUAUAUGCGGGCGCUCUGUUGGCGUUCGCCCCCGUUGUCGGCUAUUUAGCUGAUCGCGCAGAGUCACGAAGAUGGCCACUGCUCAUCGGUCUUGUGGCGCUCGGCGCUGCGACAGCUUUACUAUGCGUCGGUACGAACAUUGCACUCUGGAUUGUCGGUCGAUUAUUCCAAGGUGCAGCAGCAGCAAUUGUCUGGACUGCCGGCCUUGCUCUGAUGGUCGAUACUGUCGGUAAGGAUGGUCUCGGCCAGGCAAUUGGGUAUGUGUCCAUGGCUAUCAGCGUGGGAACACUAGGCGGUCCAUUGCUUGGUGGUGUGGUCUACCAAAAUGGCGGAUACUACGCUGUUUUCGGUCUCGCAUUUGCCUUUAUUGGAUUAGAUAUCGUCUUCCGAUUGCUUCUGAUUGAGAAAAGACAUGCCUUGAAAUGGAUUACUCCAGAGUUGGAACGACCAGCCUCCGAAAGCAGCUCAACAAACAAAGAGCCGGUCGUCUCAGAAGUGCCUCCGACGCCGAGCACUGGAUCAGACAUACAAGCAACCAAAAAGCCUCCUUCGCGCAGUGCCUUCGCUCGUGUCGGCACUCUACUGAGCUCGCCUCGCCUCGUCGUAUCUCUCUGGGGAUAUUUUGUCAUCUCGCUUGUCCUGGCUUCUUUUGAUAGUGUCUUACCACUCUUCGUGCAAGACACCUUUGGAUGGCAACAAAGUGGCCAAGGACUCAUCUUCAUUCCGCUCAUGGUGCCACACCUCGUGGAUCCACUCACUGGCUGGGUGAUUGACAAGUAUCCCAAAUCGAUUCGUUAUUUCACAGCCACUGCUUUCCUCUCUGCCGUCCCUGUGAUGGUGCUUCUUCGUCUUGUGACCGAUAACUCUAUGCAACACAAGAUCCUCCUCUGCGCUCUUCUCGCUCUUGUGGGCCUCUGCUUUGCCGUGGCUAUGCCGCCUCUUGUUGCGGAGACAUUCCACGCGGUCAAGGAGAAGGAAGAUAAAACCCCUGGUAUUUUUGGCCGCGGUGGAGCUAUGGCGCUUGCUUUCGGGUUGGUGAACAUGGGUUUCGCGGCAGGUGCGCUCAUUGGGCCGUUUUUUGCUGGGUUUAUUCGCCAGAGCGCAGGUUGGGGGACAAUGGGUUGGGCAUUGGGUUUGAUUGCUGGUACUUCAUCUGUGCCAAUUCUGAUGUUCCUCGGUGGAUGGAUAUUAAGACCUUCCACAUCGAGCGAUGCUGCUGUCACGGACAAUUCGGCAUCUUGA